UGAGAAAGGCUUAAAAAUUGUGUGGCGCAAAGGAGGACGGACAGCUCCAUUAAAUUUUGCUGAAUCCUGUGGCUAUAUUACCAACGAAAAAUAAACAAAGAAAUAAUAUAGAAGGAGGACUUUAUAUUAAUCUAUUUUUUUCAUUUAUUUAAAUGGUGUUUUUGUUUGAAUGUCAUUCGAUUUAAUUGAAACGAAAAGUUAUGGAAAGGAAUGCAAGCUCGUCAAAUUAUGGUGGUGGUGAUGAUACAUCGCUGGGCAUACUUAAUAUGGAUAGAUUAAAGGGUAGAGGAAGAUUUUUUGGCGAUUUGUCCAAUGAAUCUUUCAAAAAUACAUACAAAAGUGUUGCAAAUGGUGGAACAGAUCGUCGCAUUAGUGAUCGUUUGAAUAUGGAACGAAAGAAAGCUUUGGAAGCUUUGCAGAAAUCAGUAGGAAAGUCCCCAGAUGUUUUUAAGAAACCUUUCGAAGUAACAGCAAAUAAGGAAAAUAUGCGUAGUAUCAUCAAUAAUGCAUCAAAUACGGAAAAUUCUAUGCCACUUGAUCACACAGAUUAUGUACCUUUUCGACGUCCUAACACAAUCAAUAUAUCAGAUUUAGUGACCGAUGAAACUAUAAAUUUGGAGACCACUUCUUCUAAUCCACCGUCGGCUUGUAAAGAAGCAAAGAUCUCAUUUGAACCAAGCGAAAUGACCGGCCGCUCAACCUUAUAUAAAAAAGAAAUACGCAACUCAAAGGCAACGACAGCUGAAACAAAACAAAAAUUAAAAAAUUUAACUGUGGAAGAAAUUUUAGCUUCUUCCUUCGCCACUAAAACUCGUAACCUUUGUAAGACACUCAAUGGCGGCGAACCAUCUUUAGAUCCAAGUGGUGCUUUAGAUGUGGCUGCAGAUAAACUCUUAAGCAUGUCAUCAGUUUCGUCAUCCAGCGUUUGUAGUUCAUUUGGUGAUGGUCAGGAAAAAAGUUUGCCUCGUACGGCAGAUAUGUCAAUUUCCAAACAAUCCCUAUCACAGCUUUCGUUUAAUGGAGGUGCUGGAGGAUCAUCGUUUGCUUUUAGUGCUGGUGCAGGCACCGGUGAUGAGAGCGGAUUUUCAAAUGAAGAAUUUGCUCCGGGGGAACUUAUGCAAUCGAUAUUAAUAAUGGAUGAAAUAUCAUGGGCCGAGGAAUAUGCAGCUAUACCAGCAAAAACUUUAAGCCAACAAGCCAAAGAGAAGGCAGCUGUGUCUGGUGAGUCUAUCUCCAAUGGUUUUGACUCGCCAUCUGCCUCCAAUUACAUUUUAGCAGGCGAUCCAAAUUUUUCGGUAGGAAAUUUUUUCCAUAUGCGCUCUGAAAACAUUUGGGAUAUAGUCAAAUCAAAGAGCCCGGAAAAAUGUCGCACACCAUUUGCCUUGAUGGAUGAUGAGGACAGCAAUAUGGUGACUACUUCAAAUGUUGUUAGCGACGGUUCGGCAUCAGUUGCAGUAACUCCCCAGAUUGAUAACAAAACCUAUACUCGAGUUUCCAGCCAAGUACAUCUCAACCAUGAAAGCAAGGACUCUGGCAACGCAUCCGAAAACUCCUAUCUUUUAAGUAAAUCUGCCAUCGGAAGAGCGUUAGAAAAUAUGGACAAUCGCUCAGGCUCUGAAAAAUCUUUGGCGCCUCCAAAUGCCUCCAAUGCGGGCACUAAAGUAAAAGACCAUGUAAUUUCAACGUUUGAAAAUAAGCACACAGCCAGUGCAAUGGAAAAUUCAUAUCUCUUGAGUAUGUCAGCCAUUGACAGAGCGUUGGAAAAUUUGGACAUGGACCCAAAAAACACGUCAACUAAUAAAUUAACUGGGCAUUUGAUGAUGCAGGCCACUAAGUCGAAAUCUUGUUUGAAUCCUCAGCUAACGCAACAUGAUAAAACUGUUUCUAACUGUAAUGGAUCAAAUUUUUCCCCACGACCUAAAAGUGGGCUAUCGUUGUGCGCCGAUUUCAAACUGGGAUCCCAGGAAAUUGCCAACAACAUUUUAGAGAAUAAGGAAAAUGUUGAUCCCAUUACAGGUCGUGGUAGUGAUGGCAGUAGAGUUGAUUUAUCAGAUACCAUAAGUUUUACAGAGUCCCUUUUAAACUCUAGCGAUAUGAAGAAAAUGGAGCGCAGCCAUGCGCAGCAGCAACCUAGAUCGCCACUGAGCCCUAUUGAGUUGACUUCUGCAGUUCCAAAUAUACGUGUUGUAGAAGCUACAGUUGAUGACGGAGAGGAAGCGGAUAACGAUGAAUGGCCGGGUACACCCAAACAGAAUGUCAGUCGUCGUGUACGCAGAAAGUCUCCAAGAGAUAGAAGCCCUUUGCAUGCAAACGUAUCAGAUUCACCUGUUGAUGCCAGGACUCCCGUCAAUUUUAGGUCUUCUCGCUCAUCAGUGUAUGAUAAAAGGCCUGCCUUGAACUGUGUCAAAGAAACAAAAUCCUUGUGUUCUACUCGUCUUGAUGGCGAUCCACGUAACGCUGAUUGCGACUUUGGUAUAUCACCUAAUUUGUCAUCCAGCAAGCUGGGAUCUACUCUAGCGGGGCGUAAUGGUGGUGCACAAUUGUCGCCCCGCAAUGCUGGUGAGCUUCGAGUUGAAAGUUCUCCCCUAUCGUCGUUGUCAUCUUCGCGUUACCAUUUAUCGUCCCCCACUCCGGUUCUUGAUACCACCAGUAAUUCGGAACGUCAGCUGCUUACACCAACUGGCGGUUUAUCAGAGCGAAAAGCUGCCUCCUCUCCAGUGGGAAGUGAAGCGUCAAGUACAUGCAGCUACAGCACUAUGCAUUCAGCCCGAUCCGUUACUUCCAGUUCGAACAUGCGCAGCAUUUCACGAUGUUCUAGUUCAAGUGAGUUCAGCCAUCGUGAUGGCAAACAAGUGCCACUUAAAGUCACUACUUUGGAACUGUCCUGGGGUAGCAUUAAACUACGCAGCGAUUCACGCAAGUCAAUGCAAAUCAAAAAUAUUGUCAACAAGCGUUUGGUCAUACGCAUUGAAGUAAUUGGUCCCGGAUUUCAGAUAGUCAAUUCCGAACGUAAUAACACCAUUACACUGCAUACCCAAGAGUGUCGUUCUAUAAAUAUAAGCUUCUGCCCCACAGUACGUGGAGUGGCCAUAGGCAAGCUUUUGUUUUAUGCACCCACCGGAGCUGCAGCAAUUGUUCAGCCAUUUUUGGACGUUGCCCUGUAUGGCUAUGGCGGCAACGCCAGCAUAGUGCCACAAAACAUUCUAAUGGGUCCAGUGGGAAGUCCGUUCAUAACUAUGGGUGAUAUAUGCGAGUUAGCACAGCCAUUGGAGCGUAGUAUAAGUUUUUACAACAAAGGGCCGUUGUUGGCCUUUGCCGUGGUAUCAAUUGAUUCCCUGGGUCUUUUGCUACCGCGCCUUAGUGACGCCUUUGAAAUAUACCCUAAAAAAAUACUCAUACCUCCUCAACAGACAAUCGAGGCGCGUAUUACUUUCAAGCCACGUAGAGAAGAUAUAAGAAAAAUGUUAAAGAAAAUGAGAAAUGUUUUAACGUUGGGCAAUAUGCGCGUCAUUUGCGGAGAUGAAGCAAAUCGCCAAAGGAUACGACGUCUUUUGUGCCAAAUGAGUGAAAAAGAACGUUCAAAAAUGUCUUCCAAUGUAUUGGACAUGUUGUGGACUGAAUUCGAAGGCGAAACGGAAAUGAAGGAAUUGGCAGACAUACAAGAGAAUCCAAGUGUUGCCAUGGAUUUAACAUCCGGUUUUCGUAUACACGAAAUCCUACUUACAAUCAAUUAUGAUAGCAUGGAUGAAACUGCGGACGCCUCAUCACUCUUUCUGCCGGAGGGAGAUGAAACCGUUUUGUUUCGUACAGUGGUGUGUGCAGCUGAUUCGCCCACACCUCCCACCUCUUCAAGUCUGGGGACUGUUAACGAAAUGUACGAAGAAAGCACUGAAAGCGAAGAACGUGUUGCAUCUAGCAGCACCCAGCAAAAUAUGUGGUCAGUUAAGCCGGCCAAUUUGGAAAUAAAUGUGAGUCGUCGUCAAGAAAGGGUCUCAUUAUUUGUGUUCAAUGGCUUUAAGUCGAGACAGUAUUUCGAAGUUAGCUGUAAUAGGAAACAAUUGUUGAGAUUUCUACCCUCCGAAGGUUAUGUAGCUCCAGAUAAUGGCCAAAUUGAGAUUGUGGUCAAUGUCAAUGCAUCUGCCAUGCAAGAAGACUAUCGCGGCGACAUUUUUAUUAUGGUCUAUAUGGAGAAUGAACGCAUUGUGGUGCCAGUAAAAUUUGUGGAGUGAUUUUUAACAUACUUUUAUAUUUGCGUUUAAUUUUGUUUCUUAUGCAUACGUAAUUUUAUCCCAUUUGUCAUAAUCGUGUCCUUUCCUAUUCAUCUCAAGUUUUAUGUUAAAAGCGUCAUAUUGUUUUAGUAAAUAAUACAUGUAACAAUAAAGAUUGUGUACAAUUGCA